UUGCUUGUCCUUUGACCUGUCCUUCUCUUGCAUGUGGUGGACAUCCUGCAGGUGUAUAUGGCGGCUGGUUCAGUGUACAGUCUGGAGACGGAGCUCAGUGACCUGGAGGAGUGUGCCAGAGGAAUUGCCUCAUCCAUGCCUGAUAUGGAGUUGUCCUUCCUGGAGGAGCAGGUGGCAUCAGUCGCUGUCAAGGUCCAGGAGUCAGAACUUCAGAUCAAUGACAUCUCAUCAAGAAUUGCUGCACUGAAGAGGGCAGGCCUCAAUGUGGGCACACAGGCACGUUUCACUUCAGUGGUAAAGUACUUUGGCAUUUAUACAUAG